AUGUCGGAAAACACCAAACCCGGGGCCCAGCCCCCUGUUAAAAUCGGGCACUACAUUUUGGGACAAACUCUCGGCGUGGGCACAUUUGGAAAGGUGAAAAUCGGAGAACAUCAGCUCACCAAACACAAAGUAGCAGUUAAAAUUCUGAACAGGCAGAAAAUUAAAAGUUUGGAUGUAGUGGGUAAAAUCAGAAGAGAAAUUCAAAAUUUGAAGUUGUUCAGGCAUCCGCACAUCAUAAAACUGUACCAAGUGAUUAGCACACCGACAGAUAUCUUUAUGAUAAUGGAAUAUGUCUCUGGAGGUGAAUUAUUUGAUUAUAUAGUAAAGAAUAGCAAACUCCAAGAACAUGAAGCAAGAAGGUUCUUCCAGCAAAUCAUUUCCGGUGUAGAUUAUUGUCACAGGCAUAUGAUCGUGCAUAGGGAUCUUAAACCAGAAAAUCUACUUCUUGAUCAUAACAUGCACGUAAAAAUCGCCGAUUUCGGCCUGUCAAACAUGAUGAUGGACGGUGAGUUUUUACGAACAAGCUGUGGUUCCCCUAAUUACGCCGCUCCAGAAGUAAUAUCAGGAAAACUCUAUGCUGGACCUGAAGUAGAUAUUUGGUCAUGCGGUGUCAUUUUAUACGCCCUCCUUUGUGGCACUUUACCCUUUGACGAUGAACACGUCCCCACGCUCUUUAAGAAAAUAAAAUCUGGCAUUUUUCCCAUUCCGGACUAUCUAAAUAAAUCUGUGACAAGCCUGCUCUGUCAAAUGUUACAAAUAGACCCGAUGAAAAGAGCUACUAUUGAGGAUAUAAAGAAACACGAAUGGUUCCAGAAAGACUGCCCGGCAUACUUGUUCCCAUCACCAGUCGAACAAGAUUCUUCUGUGAUUGAUAUUGACGCAGUUCGUGAAGUUUGUGAGAAGUUUGGGGUGCAAGAGCAAGAAGUACAUGGCGCUCUGCUUAGUGGUGAUCCACAUGAUCAGCUCGCUAUAGCUUAUCACUUGAUUAUUGACAAUAAACGUAUAGCUGACGAAGCGGCCAAGGCAGAAAUCAAGGGUUUUUAUGUGGCUGGAAGCCCACCACCUGUGAGCAUUGUGCCUCCAUCGAAUGACUUUAACAGUCCAUUGAAACCACAUCCUGAAAGGAUUGCACCUUUGAGAGAUAGGGUUGCUGCGGCCAAUCAUGCUGCGGCUACAGGAGAUAGAAGUAGAGUAAAAAGGGCAAAGUGGCAUCUAGGUAUUAGGUCACAAAGUAAACCGAAUGACAUCAUGAUGGAGGUUUAUAAAGCCAUGAAAGCUUUAGAUUACGAAUGGAAGGUUAUUAAUCCAUACCAUGUCAGAGUGAGGCACAAGAAUGCUUUGCACGAUAGGUACAUUAUGAUGUCUCUUCAGUUGUAUCAGGUGGAUUACAAGAAUUAUUUGCUUGAUUUCAAGAGUCUAUGUAACGAAGAGGCAGAAUCAAACAAUGUGAACCCAGCUUCCUUGUUUAUGGAUACUAUUCCAACUCCAGUGCUUACAGGAAAUAUACUUGUUCCUAAACCUAGUGGUCACCAUACUAUGGAGUUCUUUGAGAUGUGUGCUGCUUUAAUUAUUCAGCUAGCUCGUUAGGAUGUUUUUUUUUUCACUCAAAUUCGGUGACUGAAUUUGACAGGAUUGCGGGGCUGUUCUGUUAGAAGAGGCUAGUAUAUUUUAGGAAUAGAAUAGGGCUACCUUAUUUCACAAUUUAUCCAAAACCUAUAGCUUCUUAAUAUUUGUUUGUGUAAAAUAAAGGGCGUUUUAACAAU